AUGCUUAGGCUGGGCUGUGCCAAGCCUGGGUCCUGGGGCAGCUUCUGGGCCAUCCUGACCUUGGUGGGCCUGGCUUCUCGUGCAGCCCAGAGAGCUGAUGUCGGCGGGGAGGCAGUGGGCACUUCCAUCAACCACUCCCAGAUGCUGCUCCAGCGCCUGCAGGAGCUUCUGAAGCAGGGCAAUGCCAGCGACGUGGUUCUGCGGGUGCAGGCUGCGGGCACCGACGAGGUCCGUGUCUUCCACGCCCACCGCCUGCUGCUGGGAAUGCACAGCGAGCUGUUCCGGGAGCUGCUGAGUAAUCAGAGCGAGGUGGUCCUGCAGGAGCCCAGGGACUGCGCUGCCGUCUUUGACAAGUUCAUCAGGUACCUGUACUGCGGCGAACUGACAGUGCUGCUGGUCCAGGCCAUCCCCCUGCACAGGCUGGCCACCAAGUACGGCGUGGCCUCCCUGCAGCGCCAGGUUUUGAACUACAGGGCUAGGGAGCUGAAAAACGCGGCGGGCGUGAGCUUCCAGAAGACCGUGCUGGUCGGGGCGCGCCACCACGGUCGCCUGCUGGUGCGUCACGCCUACAGCUUCCACCAGAGCAGCGAGGAGGCAGGAGACUUCCUGGCGCAUGCGGAUCUGCAGCGGCGCAAUUCUGAGUACCUGGUGGAGAACGCCCUGCACCUCCACCUCAUCGUCAAGCCCGUCUACCACACCCUCAUCCGGACCCCCAAGUAG